AUGGUGCUUUGCUGUGCCGGAGGCGGACGGAAAGAAGGAGAGGACGUUUGGAGCGACCUCAGCAAUGCUGCAUAUACGGGCAAUGUUGCACGAAUGAUGCAGCAGAUCAACACUGGCAGCAGUGUGAAUGGAGCAGAUCAGAACGGUUUGACGCCGCUGCAUCGCGCAGCACAGUCUGGCAGCUUUGCGGCUUUGCAGCUUCUCCUAAAAAAUGGGGCUGACCCCCGCUGCUCAGCGAAAAAUGGCGACACUCCUCUUCAUAUCGCUGCGUUUCAUAGGAACGCGGAAGCGGUGAAAUUCCUGCUCAGCACGGAUGCAAAGGUGGAUAUAAACAAGCAAACUAAGGAUCAUGGAAUGACGCCGCUGCAUGUCGCAGUCUACAGGGGAUGCCCCGAAAUCGUCGACCUCCUCCUGGCGGCUGGUGCCGACCCAGACCUGCUUGCAAAAGGCCAGACGGCAGUCAACUUGGCUGAAUUCUGGGAUACUCAGGAAUCGCAAGGACGCUCUUCACCCUCUGCCAAGCACCACGAUACCCUUCUCCUGCUCCAGACCCGGCUCAAGAAAGCCACUCUGUGA